AAAAAAUAAGAAAAUAAUUGAAAACCAUUUAGUAAAUUGUUCUUUAGCUUUUCUGAGAUGUCGAAGACCACGGAGACCAGGGGACGCAACGGGAAAUUCUUCCAGUACGUGUGCCCCCCCGUUCGGCAGGGGUCGUGUCCUCCAGCGGCCGCCAGGCUUCCCCCCUUAGAGGCGCUCAGCGGGGAGAGGAAGCGACAGACGAACAUGGAAAGAAAGGCAAGAAGGCCAGUGGCCGGAGGAAGAGGAGGAGUUGGCAUUCGCGGAAAUGGGUCUACAGGCGGCGUAGGUGGAGCAGCAGCACCCCUCCCAGCCGCACGUCAUGGAGGAGGAGGAGGAGGAGGAGGCGGUGUUCCACUUCGGCGCCCUAGUCCUAGUCCUGCUCGUGCUCCUGCUCCACCCCCACGGCGUAGAAAGCUCCAACAUCUGACGCCACGCCUGCCCCGUUUGGCGGACACCGCAGUGGUCGAAUGGAUCAUGAGUCCCUGCCAGAACUUUGAGCAGGACAGCGACUCGGCCUCGGAAGAGGACGAUCCCCAGCCGACCGGCAGUCAAGCGCUCAAGAAGUGUCGAAUGUCUGCCGUUGGUUCUCGACGACAGAUCGAAUCGCACACCUACUUCGCUCCCAGCCAGCGGAUCAUGCAGGUCGCGGAGCUCAAGAAGGCCCAGGUAUGGCCAUUCCUGGCGAAGAAGGAGCGCCUCGAGCAGCAGACCAUCGCCAAGCAAACGGACAACCCUUUGUUGGAUCCGGAAUCAGUCGUCAAGUCUUCAACCGAUUCGGAUCCGGGUCCGCUGGUCGAGGCUUCAACCGAUGCAAAAUCGGAACUGGAGACGCAACCCGAAUCCGAGUCCGAACCCGAACCCGGACCAGAGCCGGCCGCUGUCCGUGAUGCCGCCGCGGCAGCGCCAACGGCUGGCCACAUCUCUGGCAGCCAGAGCCAGAGUCACGAUAGUUGGUACAGCAUCAGUAGCAUCAGCAGCGCCAGCAGUGCCAGCCAGCCCCGACAAUCAUCAGCGGCGGCCAGGCCGUGGUCCAGGACAGGCCUCGUGGCGGGCAACUCUAAGGCCCUCAAGCUGACAUCGACGGUGAUCAAGAUUAUUCCCAAUGCCACGACUGAGUCCCCGAGGGUUGCAACUACCUCCUGCGCUGCUGCCGCCAUCUCCACCUCGGAAAUGCAGACGAAGAGCCGACCAACGAGGCAACAGCAGCCUCAAGCCGCCUCCAAGAAGCUAACGACAGCCAGGACUGACGCUGACCCAUUAGGGAAGCCAACAAAUGUGCUGCUAAUGGCUAAGGCACCACACAAGCCACCAGUGGAGAUCCAGUCUAGAAGUUGUCCCCCAAAGACCCCACAAGCAAAGCCUCGGCAUAGGUCUCCGGUGAUCCGAGCCCGGACCCAGAAUCAGAACCAGAACCAGAACCCACCCAGCACGACGCCGUUCUCCAUGGCCCUGACUACAGCAAUAUCUGCCAGGCCUCAACCUCAGGCUCAGCUUCAACGUACUCCACCAUCAGCACCUGUUCCUCCUCCGAUCACGUCCAAAAUUGUCCGCAUGAACCAGCACAAGGUGCCGCGCACCGCCGAGGACGGAAUCGACAUGAGCUACCAGUAUUUUGUGUCCAUUCCGUUGAAGCGCGGCAAGAAAGCCCAGACCGUGCGCUAUCUGUACCGGCCCAUGGUGAAGAGCCUGAAUCCGACCGUUCGGCGCUCCAGUCUCAAGCGUAAUAAGAAGAAGAAGGGCCAGCAGGCCGCCGCCAAGUCCGAAGAGGAAGAGGGGCCACAAGUGAUCCUAGUGGAGCCUGUGGCAGAGCCAGAGGUAAAGGAGGUGAACGAGUUCAAGGCGCCGGCCCUCAAAGUGGACCGUAAGUACAUGCCGAUGCUGAAGAUGCUCUCUCAGAUACCUUAUCCGUCGGAGACCGACCCGAAGCCCAAGUCCAAGGCAUCGCAGCACGAGGAGUCAGAGGCAGGUCUUCGAGAGGCAGAUGAAGAUCCUCAACUGACAAAACGAGAGUCACAAGGAGAUCAUCAAGUGGCAAAGGCAGAUCAUCAAGAUCGUAAAGUGCCGAAUCCCGAGACAUCGACAUCUCUGGAGGCUGGAGGCGAUUCCAGUCCCAAGAAGCACAGCACGCCGAUCCGACGUUUUCGGCCUAUCCGUAAGGUACUGGUCGACUUUAAGCCCGAAGCAACGCGUUUGGAUUCCAUUGCCGGUACCCAGAUCUCCUAUCACGCUCCUCUCCGCUUAAUGCGGCGCUUGAAGGGGGGAGAAGCGCCCAAACGAAGCGCUACUCCGGACCAUUCCCAGCAGGUGAUUAAAAAGCCUAUGGACACCGUAGAGAGAAUGCAAAAAUCCGUCAGCUUUCAAUUGUCCGAUGCCAAGAGCAGCAGCAGCAGUAACAUCAGCAUCAGACUGACGGACAGCACGGAGCCUCUCAACAGCUUCAAGAUCGAUGAGCCGGAGCCGGAGCCAAAGCCAGCCUCAGUGCUGGUUCCAGUCCCAGUUCCAGUCCGUGACAAACGCAAGGUCAAGAAGAAGGUGGUCCGGAAGAACAAGACGAACAAAAACAGGAAAAAGAAGGCCUCCAAAUAAGGGGCCUCUUCAACAGCAUCCUUCAACGGUGAUGGCUCUGCCAGUCAGGUUUCGCAUUCGGUUUGUCCUUGAGAUGAAACUAGGCUUUCCAACGAUUAAAUAGUUCAAUUCUGGCCAAA